AUGCCAUUCUGCAUUUGUUUGGUUGUUGUCUUGCCUAAAAUGCAUUUGAGAAUUUUCCGACCUGUAAAAUUUUGUGGCUUGUAUUUACCAACCUUAUGUAUUUCCUUUCCUCUGAUUUCAGUGUGGGUCGUUUCUGAACAAAAAAAUGAAGGUAAACGAAAAAUAGAAUUAUCUAAUGAUGAUAUGAUGAAUAAUUCGUCACAUUCGUUAUCUCAACCAGCAGGAAGGGAGCAUUCUAGAGGGGAAAAGCAAAUUCCACACCAUGUAAUGAGGCUUACUGAAGCAGAAGUUGCAUCACCCCUUUCCAUCCUAAUCCAAUAAAGUCCAGAGGCUCUGAUAAAUCCUCUUCCUCCUCUUCACUUUCCACCUUCUCAUCGUAAUCAUCAUCUCAAUCUCGAUGCUAUCGUGAGUAUCAUAAGUACUGGUCGUUUGAACUGUGUCUGUUUAAGGAGUGAUCUUUUACUUCGAUCACAUUUUUACUUGAGAUCAAAUUUCACCACAAUCAUUUUAAUCUGUGAAAUCGUUAAUAGGUAGAAAUGGAUUCAAACAAUAGGAGAAAUAUUGUAUGCAUAUAUAAUAAGAAAAGAGUAUAUAACGAUGUUUUUCCUCUUCCUUUUUGUUUCGUCUAAAACAUUUCAAUUUUUAAAUCACAGAAAUAAUGACACUGGUUUAACACGGUGUAUUUUUCUUAAGUGUAAUUCUGUGUUUAUUGAUGUCUUUGCUUAUGUAAUAUGAAUGUACGUGUCGCAAUCUCAUUCCUUGUUACUUGUGUAUUCGUUCAAAUCAGAAGGAACAUUGUGCACUAUUUUCAUGCUUUUGAUUUUCUCUUUUUCUCUGAUGCGUAUUCUUUUUGCUUAUUCUCUUCCUCCUCUUUUAUACGAGAAGCACAUGUAACAGAAAAUAUUGACAGGCCUCUUAUUUAUAUUUUUGUGUGUAGACAUGAUACAUUGUGUAAUAUGUUUUUACUUGUUUCUUUGUUUGUUGGUUUGCUUGGUUGUUCAUUCAGUUAUUUGUAUUUCGAGAAAGAAAAGGUGUAU